GUCAAUACCCUGCGACCCACACGUUUGUGUGCACGAUGGAGGAGCGUAGUUCGUCCACAGUUACCCUGAGAGAGUUUGGUUGUGAGCAAAAUUUACUUUCUCGUCCUGACGGUUCGGCGUCUUUCAUACAAGGUGACACAAGCGUACUGGCUGCAGUUUACGGCCCAGCUGAAGUCAAAGUAAGUAAGGAGAUUUAUGACCGGGCAACGCUGGAGGUGAUCAUACAACCCAAAGUUGGACUUCCAAGUGUGAAGGAGCGUGCUCAAGAACAGUGUGUGCGGGAAAGUUGCGAGGCGUCUCUGCUGCUGUCCCUUCACCCUCGCUCGUCCCUCACGCUCGUUUUACAGGAGCUCCAUAAUGACGGGUCUCUGUUGUCCUGCUUCCUAAACGGCGCCUGCAUGGCAAUGAUGGACGCCGGCUUGCCGAUGAGUUGCCUGUUCUGCGGCGUCACCUGCGCCAUCCAUGCGGACGGAAGAAUCAUCACUGACCCGACUGCUGCUCAGGAAGCGGAGAGUCGAGCGCUGAUGACCUUCGCCAUCGACAGCAAAAAGCGGCGAGUGAUGAUGACCUCAACUAAAGGAUCGUUUUCAGUGCACGAGAUGCAGCAGUGCAUCGCUGUCAGUCAAACAGCAUCCGAAAAGAUCUUCAGCUUCCACAGAGAGUCACUCAGGCGGCGUUACUCCAAAAGCGUCGUCUGAUCUUUUUUAACUUUACCCGCUGCACAAAGACCAAUUGUUCUAAUAAAAUAUU